AUGGCCGAUAACUUUCUCUCAAAAGUUCGUCACGAACUCCGUUACGCUUCCAGGACAUUCUUACUUGGAGUCCGCAAGGGCGUCUUCACCAAAUCGAAUGUAGAUGCAAUGGAAGCUGUGAAGCAGGGGGGGGCGACUGUCGGCUGCAAGAGUAAAGAAUACGUCGUCUUGGCCACGCUAAAGCGAGCCGCUUCGGAGCUGUCCUCGUCUCAGCAGAAGAUUUUUAGAGCAGACGACGGCAUAGGGGUUGCAAUUUCUGGACUGACUGCGGAUGGAACAGCUGCAAUUAGGGCGUUGAGACAAGACUGCACUUCCCAUAGCUUCACAUUUCAGUCCCAGGUCGAGGUUUGUAGACUUGCUGGGAGAAUCGCUGAUAAGUGGCAGGUGGUCUGUUCGCAAAGAUCUGGGUCCAGACCUUCUGGGGUUGGAUUGCUGAUAGCAGGAAGGGAUAUGCGAGGUUGUCACCUGUAUCAAGUUUGCCCCUCGGGAAACUUGUACGAUCAUGUCGCCGCAGCUAUAGGGGCAAGAUCACAAGCAUCAAAAACAUAUUUGGAGAAAUUCCAAGUUCAAAUGGACAACUUUUCCUUGCAAGAUUUGAUUUUACUCGCUCUGCGGGCGCUUAAGGAGGCGACUUCAGAACCCUUGACAAAGGAAACCUGUACCGUUGCGGUUGUCGGAGUUGAGAUACCCUUCCGAGUUCUUAAUGAAGAUGAGUUGAGUUCACCUUUAGCUAAGCUGACAACAGACACCCAAUAAUCACAUGUCUAGUUCAUGACACAACGUCUCAUAUAUAGCAUAUGGUAGAAAGAUGUCAUGUUCAUAAGAUCACGUGGCGGCCCGAGGGCAAACAUAAAUCUAUUAUUUCUAGUUCUUCACAGAGAUUUUCACUGAAAAUCGCGCGCUCUCGUCCUGGUGGUGCUUUCAAUGCUUCAACAUUUUUUUUGGUCGAAACCCAUCCAUCACUAUCGAAUGAUGGAUCCGCCUCGUUUUCUGUUGUGGAUCAAGAAAUAGUCGCCUGUUUAGCUGGAUUUUAUCGCGUCGAUGUCAUGAAGGAGGCCAACGAGGCAAAGAUGAAUCUUGAUAUCACACGUUGAAACAUCGUUUGCAUGUAUAAAACACAACCAGAUGUCCGCAAAAGAUCACGACAUGCUACAUCGAAGAUUAACUUCAAAAACGGGGCAGCAGUUUAGUUGUGCAGAUCAGCAGAAACGCACAU